ACCGUCGCGGGUGGCGGACAGUGAGCUGAGCUCUGGAGUCCUCACCGAUAUCGUCAUCGACACCGUCAUCGUCAUCGUCUCCACCGCCGUCGUUACCGUUACAGUUGCCUUCACCCCAAGGUAUGGAGCUGUGUUAGUAUUAGCGGGUAUGACUCGGCCGGUGACUUAGUGUUUUGUGCCAUGCUCAAUCAAUGUUUCAACAGUGUCGGUAGCCAGCAAGACAGCAACAACAACAACACUAAACAUCCCUUCUACUGUCCGGAGGAGGCGCCAAGUGACGUGCUGCUGACGCGCUCAGGACCUCCCCAGCUUCCAGCCUCCCCAAGUAUGCUGCUUCUGCAGACUCAGCCGCCAUACGGUCCCUCUAGUUUGGCUGAGCUGUUUUCGGCCCAAUACUCUGACGACGCUUCUGUCUCGCUGCCCGAGGACCUCUAUCCCUUCCAGGACGUGGCGCUUGAGGCAGCGCCGCUCCCCAGCUUCCAGGAGACAUACGGUGCCAAGAUGGAAGACGAGUGUUAUAAUGCCCCCGCAUCCUACCACCAUCAUCCACACCCGCACCCCCACACACCGCAUUCUCAGUACGAUUUCCCGCACUAUCCUACGACGCCCUAUCACUACCCUCAGCCCGCCGCAGCAUACGACCCGCCGCCCCCAGACUCAUACAACAGUCUCCCGCACUUCCCCAGUCCCGCCGCUGAGCUUGCCGUCAACACAGCCCUGGGGGGACCCCGUCAGAGGCGAGCGUCUCUGCCUCUCCAACGUUCAGAGUCCACCAGCAGCAGCGAAUCUCCAAAACCGCGGGUGCCCGGUGUGACAGCCUCGUGCCCUCCGACCUCGGUUUCCUCCUCGGCCUCAUCGUCUCCCACCUGCGAAGCGCCGAGGCCGCCACCCUCCUCGGGCCCCACACCACCCUCGCCCAGCCAGCUGUGUGCCGUCUGCGGGGACACGGCCGCUUGUCAACACUACGGCGUGCGCACCUGUGAGGGCUGCAAAGGUUUCUUCAAACGGACAGUGCAGAAAGGCUCAAAGUAUGUGUGCUUGGCGGAGAAAGCCUGCCCAGUCGACAAGAGACGGAGGAAUCGCUGCCAGUUCUGCCGCUUCCAGAAGUGUCUGGUUGUCGGGAUGGUGAAGGAGGUGGUGCGCACAGAUUCGCUCAAGGGGCGCCGUGGCAGGCUGCCUUCCAAACCCAAGAGUCCACAGGAGUCACCGCCUUCACCACCGGUCUCGCUGAUCACAGCUCUUGUGCGAGCACACGUUGAUACCAGUCCUGACCUCUCCACUCUGGACUAUUCCCAGUACAGAGAACCCAACCCCAUGGAACCACCAAUCACCGAAGCUGAGAAGAUCCUCCAAUUCUACAAUCUGUUGACCACUUCCCUAGAUGUAAUUCGUCACUUUGCAGAGAAAAUUCCUGGCUUCAGUGAACUUUGCAGAGAGGAUCAAGAGCUGCUCUUCCAAUUGGCUUCUUUAGAGCUCUUUGUCCUCCGACUUGCUUACAGAACACGAGCAACAGACACUAAACUGACUUUCUGCAAUGGAGUGGUGUUGGAUAAACAACAAUGCCAGCGCAGUUUUGGUGAUUGGUUACUAGCCAUCUUUGACUUCUGUCAGUCUCUGCAUGCCAUGGAGAUAGACAUCUCUGCCUUCGCCUGCCUUUGUGCUCUUACCUUAAUAACAGAACGACAUGGGCUGAAGGAACCUCACAAAGUAGAACAGUUGCAGAUGAAGAUCAUCGGCUCUCUGCGAGACCACGUUACGUACAACGCAGAAGCUCAGCGCAAGAUGCACUACUUCUCUCGACUUCUAGGCAAAUUGACAGAACUUCGCUCCCUAAGCAUGCAAGGACUCCAGAGGAUCUUCUACUUGAAACUCGAGGAUCUUGUUCCUGCACCUCCGCUUAUUGAGAAGCUGUUCGUCGCUAGCCUGCCGUUCUGAACACCAGUGCGCGUCUAACUGCGGAAUCAUUUCAUACUGAGCCAGCUCGUAGUGGGAGUGGCGUAGGCUCCUUGCUGAGCGGACUUCUUGUUGACUCUUCAGCAUUUUUCGUGUCACGACACUUCACUCCCCCUCGUUGUACACUUAGUUCAGCUGCCCCACGGUAGACUGUUGUCGUUUGCGGCUGAAACCCCAGUACGACAUUCGCUUUAUAUGUCCAACGCACAGGUUACGUUGCCAGUUUUAUUUUAACUCGACUCUCGAGUUCAUAUCUGUGUCUUUAAGGUAUAAAUGUUAACACAAAAUAUUUGUGAAUCUGUGACUGUGGUGGAAUUAUUGUUGCAUUAACAUUGUUGACAUAUAUAAUACUAUUGUUUUCAAUCGUUGCAGACCACCACAUGUUUGAACAAUUUUACAAACAACAAACAAUCCUUUUAAAUUCAACUUAAAAACCAACUAGUUUGAUAGGUGUGGUAUAUAUUUUUUCGAGUAUAAAGUCAAAUUUAAUUUUUUAAAUAAAUCAAUUAAAAAUUAAUAAUUAUAUUUAUAAUAUUUAUGAACAAAUAUUUUGUUUGUAGACAGGCAUUAAUUAGGCAUUUUAUUUAAGAAAGAAUAAGAUUAUGUUGUUAAUUGUUACUCUUAAUCUUAAUAUACUUGAUAAGUAUGUUACAAAUAUCAAUAGUAAAUUCUUCGAUAAUGUAAAUUAAAAGAAAGAAAAUUGAAUUAUAGUAACCAGGCUUGGAGUGUAUUUUGUUCCAAGAUCUUAGGAUUUUCUUUCAGUUUUUUCAUAAAGCAGCAGAGCUGAUAAAUACUAUUUUUGAUAAAAACUCGUUAAAAAAUUAAUCAAAACUAUUUUCAUACUUGUCUUCUGUAUUUUUCUAGCUUUUAAAUAUACACAAUAUUUUGUUCUUUAAAUGAUUAUUGUUCUUUUAAGUGUAAAAUAUAAAAACCGAUUUUGAUGUAUUGCCUUCAGAAAGUCUGAACUUCCAAUUUUGAACUGUGUUAUCAGAAACAAUGUUCCUUGAAAUUGUACAUUGGCUGCAAAAUAAUAUAUUUCUCUUAGCAGUUCAUAAACUUUGCCUGUUGAUAUUGUUGUAAAGGAAAUAUUACGUGUUGACAUAAGUUGUACUUUUGUGUGUUUAACUAAUAAGAAGCACCGAAUGAUAGUAGUGCUCUAACAAUUAAUGUAAACAUUUUCUUUUGACAGUUUUGUUAUUGUCAGACAAAUCACUGCUCACUGGACAGCAAAACAAGUCAGAACAUUCCUUGUCAUAAGGAAAUAGUGAAAUUAAGAAGCUGAUUUUUAUAUGUUUCAUUGUUUGUAUUAAGCUUCAAUUAGAUUAUCCAUUAAUUGGGAUAUUUUUGUUGAGUAAUAUUUACUCCAUUACAUGUAUUUGAUGUUCUGCUAUUUAUUAUCUCACUAAAGAACACUAUGAGUGGUGUCAGAAAGCAGGUAGGGGAAGACAAGAAGGUAGUUGAUUAAGUAGUCUAUUUAAUUGAAAUGCCUUGAUUACAUCGUACCGGUAGAGAUUGUACAAAUAGUGAUUUAAGUGUCAGUGCACAAUUUGUUGGUGGCCUUUUGACUGCUUUACGCCACUGUGUACGUUAUGUCGUGUCAAGUGGGUGGAACAUAUCAGACCUUUAGUGUAAGUGACAGAAGUGCGUUCUACGUUCCGCCGCGAACGCGACCCAGACGCAGUGUACAAGUUACCACGCCAGAGCGCAAGUCUGUGAUCGGUUGGUUGGAAGGCCGUCCCGUAGAGUUUAUUUUCACACGUCAGUAAUAUUGGCGAAGAGAUGUAUCUAAUGUAACGAUUGACUGUACAGGUUUUAUAAAUGACAUUUGUUUGUAGCUUUGAUUUUUACUUAAGCCUUUUUUAUUUAAUAUUUUAUAAUUGUUUUCAUUAUUUUAGAAGAGAGUUUGAGUUACCAUUAAUGCCAUAAGAACAGAUUAUAUAAUAUAAAAUACGUUGAUAAUUAAGUUAAGAGAUACACUUUUAUAAAGACAAUUGAGACUGAACAUAACGUAAAAGUACGGUAAGCAGCACAAGAGCUUAGCAGAAGGUUCUCAUACCAUAUCUAAUGCACUCUGUUAUGUUAUUUAUUCAAGCAAAAGUUUGUAUAUUUCUACUGCCUUUAAUACUUAUUAUUGUGGAUGCCUUUAAAUUAACUCAGUAUUAGAUCUUAUUCAUAAAAAUCCCGUUGUUCGGUCAUAGGAAAUUAAUAAUUAGAAACGGACUUAUUUCUUGUAUCUUCCAGACAGUAGUUUUUGUCAGUUUGUAGUGCAGUUGCAGUUUUGUUAUGAGCCAGUUUCGUGUUGUAAUCGUGUAGAUGUUCACUUAUUGUGUAUCGGACUCGCAGUUAUUUUACCAAUAGUAGUCCUAUUCUCUGUUAUUUGUUCUCAAGUGUGCUGUAUGUCUCAAUGUGCGCUCCGUCAUGAUGCACUUUUAUUUACAGCUGUUUCUUGCCAUUAUUUCUGUGUGAAUCACAAUCUAUGAUUGCCAAUAGAAA